AUGACGAUCGGUACGCCGAGUUCGCUCGGCAACGACGAUCGCGCGGCGCUGUUGAUUCAGGCUGCCUAUCGGCGGCACGCCGAUCGUAAAGACGCGUCACGACGGGCGACGACGAACGCGUUGGAGACUUUGGAGGAGCACGAUGAGGCGAAGAUAAAUGCUCGGGCGCAGUUGAUGGCGAAGAUGGACAGCAGGCUCAAGGUUGGGCUCAAGGCGAAGUUCGCGCGAGGGAUGCAACGGCUGAAGAUGGCGACGAUGUUUGGAAAGUUAAAAGUCAGCGGUGAAGGGGAUGACGCGCAGACGCGAGAGGACAUUCCGCCGCUCCCAUCGCUUACGGAUAGUGCCUUGGACGACAUCAUCGAUUCGUUGCGAAAGGGAAACAAGUUUUCGUUAAUCGACGCCAUGGCUAUCCUUAAGGCGGCGACCGUUACGUUCUGCACGCAACCGAGCGUCACCGAGGUGCAAGCCGAGAAGGACGGGGUCGUUGUCGUCGUAGGUGAUUUGCAUGGACAGCUUCACGAUUUACUAUUCAUCUUCAAAGAACGAGGACUUCCGUCAGAGCAGGUAAAGUACGUCUUCAACGGCGACUUUGUCGAUCGAGGAAAUCAUGGGUGCGAAAUUGCGCUUCUCCUCUUCGCCCUAAAGCUGUCCCGUCCGAAUUACAUCUUCCUCAAUAGAGGAAAUCACGAGGAAGCUUUCAUAAAUAUUUAUAGUGGGUUCGAAGAAGAGUGCCUCGCGAAGUACGAUCACAAGGUGUUUCAGUUGUUUCAGAAUUGCUUUGAUUGGAUGUCGUACGCAUGCGUUGUGAAUGGUAGCGCCUUCGUCAUUCACGGUGGACCCCCGAGCGACGUCGGGGCGAAAGUGCAAGAUAUUAAGUCACUUCCACGCGGCCCAGAGGCGACACGUGCGGAGGUGGACUCGAAACGAGCGGCGUGGUACAAAGAUAUGGUGUGGAGCGAUCCACAUCCAGAGACAUCCUUCGUCGGCUGCGUUCACUCUCAUCGAGGGGCUGGCGUACUAUGGGGUAAGGACAUCACUGAGCGUUUCCUGGAGGUGAACAAACUCAACUUGAUAAUUCGCUCGCAUCAGUGCGUCGCCGGUGGCGUUGAGACAUGCCACGGUGGCAAGGUGUUUACGUUGUUUUCAGCGUCUCGAUAUUGCGGAACAGGCGAGAACAAGGGCGCGAUUUUAGCGUUUGCGCACGGAGACAAAGUGCCACAACCGCAGAACGCACUGGUGUGGAGCAUUCCAGAGGGAGAGGGAAUGCUCGGUUACGAACGAAUCAGGUCCGAACGCAAGGGCAAAGAUGCGAUGAACGACGCGCUCGCGACGCAAGCUGGCGAGUAUAUCAUCGAGCACAGGUCCGAUUUGCAACGUCACUGGUCCAUCGUGGCGACGAAAAAGAAACGACCCGAGCUCAUCAAUCUCUUCGAGUGGGCCGACGGCUUAUCGAAGGUCUUAAAAAUCAAAAUGAUGUGGUCUAAGGUGUUCGACAAGCUCGUCAAAAAAGAGCACAUCGAGUUGAAUGGAGGCAAACGGUACGUCAGGUGGCGAAAUUUCUUGGCGGAUUACUCGGUGCAACUCAAGGGUGGCUGUAAGGUAUGGCAAGAUGAUGUUGUUAGUAGAAUUACAUCCGCCGUUCUCGAGUCUGGGGAGGAUCUGGUAUCGGCGUUCAAAAGCAUGGACAUCGAUAACUCUGGUACCAUUAGCCAGUCUGAGUUUACUAUGGCGGUGAGGGCAAGCAUUCCGUCUCUGGCAAUCCUAUCUGAGGCGCAACUAGUUGCGGUCUGGAGCGCGUUCGACGCGGAUCAGUCGGGAUCCGUUGAUUUAGAUGAGUUUAAGGCUAUGCUUUCGAACUCCAUGUCGUCCAAUUCAGGAGACGGUGUGGUCGGCGUUCGAUGGAGCACGAAAAAAUUCUCUGCGAACGAAUCAUGCGAAGAGAGAGAGCAAAUGCAACCCUUAGUUCCUUGGGAGGAAAACCUCAGCGAGGCAUUCGGAAGAUUAUUCUACUCCCAUCGAAAGGAGUUGUUCCACAUUUGGCACUCGCACUUCGAUCCGGACGAGUCCAAGUCGAUCGAGAAGGAGGACUUCAAGGAAUUGCUACGCGCACUCGAUGAGUCCACGGGCAAGCAUUUGUUAAACGAGGAGUCGCUUACGAAGCUCGCCGACGGCAUGGAUCUCGACGGCGACGGUCGCAUCGAUUUCAAGGAAUUCUGUAGCAAUAUUGGUCGGAUGUCUUCGAAUUAUUGA